GUUGUACGCCAGACGGUUCUGCGACGUAGUAAUCGUAAUCACGUCAAUCGUCAGUCUGAUCAAGAAAUUGAUAGUGUUUGUGGCUUUAUUUAGUAUAUUCGGUGAUUAAAAUACCUCAUCGUUACGUUUUAUAAGUGGUCAUUGUAAAUAAAGUGUGUGCGUUUGCUAUUUUGUUUCCUCGUUUUAAAUAACGGUAGAUAUUUUUCUCUGCCAAAGGCAAGGCGGUAGAGAAUGUCAAGGACUAAUGCUGUUUCUUUUAGUCGCUGACAGAGAGGUAUUCGUGGACGUCAGUGGCCUCGAGUCUGAAACAUUUCAGUGUGCGAGCUGUUGUGUCUAAUUUUAUUAUAAUCCGUAGAUGUGAAGAUGUUUUUAAAUGAAGUUCAAUGAUCAAGAUGAUUCAUGCAUGACGUGAAUUCAUUCCUAGCUGUGCCAGUAUCGAGUUGUAGGCCUGUAGCGCAUGCGUACAAGUUGUUUACAACCUCGGCCGACAUGUACACAGUCACACAUGACCUUUUCCACGAUGUUUAGUGAUACGUAUUUUGUUGAAAAUUGUACUCCAACAAUCGUAUUGUUUUCUCGGGAGUGUUCUUAUUUUAUGAACUCAGGUGUUUUAAAGUUGGUUAUACAACAGUUUGGACGAUUUUGAUGUUGGUGUUAUUCCUAGGAAUCUAUUAAUUGCGCAUUUUAUAAUAUUACUUUGAAAGCACAUUUUGUUUAGUUGGCUUAGAACUUGGUGUUGUUUUACAUUAGACAAUCACAACAGUUGGAACUUUCCGACUUUGUAAGGUAGAAAUGAGUGUUUUGCGUUGGUAUGGAUUUCUAUGGACAAACGUAUACAGGAAAUUCCAUUCAUCAACUUGGGAGUAUUUACGUAUUAUGGAAUUGCGCAUGAAAAAAUGCUGGCCUUGUUGCCUACAUCAUAGGCUGUAGGCAUAAUUCUAUUGCGUACUUUUGAUUUAUUUGUGUCUGAACUUUUGUAAUAUAGUCUAAUAACAUAAAAUUUACUUUAUUCUAAAAGUGAACAUUAUAUAAAACAGUUUUCAGUUAGAAAAUAUAAGUGACAGGAGGAUUGGUUGAGAAAGUUAUAGUGCUGUCAAGUAUAUUUCAUUUUAAGAUGGUGUCCUUGUAAAAAGACUGAAGAAUCUCCAGUGUAUUUCUCUGUAGAAACAAGAGGAAAUGAAAAUGUCCGUUAGAAGUUGGCCAUCGCUGGGAGGCGGAGACAGUUCGAGCAAAGACUCCAUGAAACCUCUACCUCCCGACGUUGUCAAGUGUGGAAUACUCAAGAAGUACCAUACGAGAUACAAGGACUGCAACGAGAGGAAGAUCCUUAGAUUUUCCAAGGAGUUGCUAUUUAUGCAUCUGCCUGUUGAUGAAAUUACAUUAAAGAAGAAAUUCUUUGUGCUACGAGGAGAUUCCAUUGAGGCCUCGGCUAGACUGGAGUACUACGACUCCGAGAAGAAGUUCCGUUCUGGUCAACCAGCAAAACGGAGCAUCACGCUCAAGACAUGCUUCAACAUCAACAAGCGAAGUGACAUGCGAUACAAGCUGAUGAUCGCUCUCUACACCAAGAACGACUGUUUCUGUAUCGUCUUGGAGACUGAAGCAGAACUGGACGAGUGGCUCAAAGCUCUGCUGUGUCUACAGCAGGGGGAGGACAUUCCUGAUGGCGUGGAAGCACGGCCUAACUUCGAGCAUGUGUGGGAGGUGGACGUGCAGGGGAAGGAGUUGGGCUACGUACGCAACAUCCUGGGCCCGUACAUGCUGUGUUUGACGGACACGGAUCUCACACUUGUCAAGAAAGACGACAGCCAGCGGUACAAGAUCCUGCUGCGGAACAUCCGCUGCUGUGGCCACCUCCACUCGUUCGUCUAUCUGGAGUUGGGCUCUGCUGCCUCCAUCGGCCCUGGGAACCUUUGGAUGCUGACGGAGGAUUCCAACAUUGCACAGAACGUCCACGCUGCCACCUUAAGUGCUAUGACAAACUGUGCCAAGAAGGACAAAGAUAUUAUUAUGCCAAAAUCGAGGAAUCGGUCAUCGUCAGCGAACGAGGCCUCGAGACCCAUUGCGGUCAUCCAGCGCUGGCCAACCCACGCAGAGGGAUCGCUGCCCAGUCACAAGGGGGAGAGCAGUGUCGCCACCAGUCCGGCGUCCGUCACCGACUCCUCACACUCUGUGGAGGUAAUAGACAACGUAGCAGGAGCUAGCGGUAGUAUGCCAGCAUCCUGCGCCCAACACAGAGAGCUGCACGCGACGCGUUAUAACCUGCGGCGACACUCCGUCUCAGCCUGUGGCCCGGGCGGUGGAAACCACCAGCGCACCUACUCGUUCCCACUCUCUCCCCUCCCCCCCUCACGCCGCGCCAGUACCGGCACCCGCCCCAACAUCACGGCCCCAACACCCCAGAAAAGUGCAACGCAUAGUCUGACGGGGGUGAGAGAUCGCUGUGAUAGUUUGCCAGGGCGGGCCCGCACCACCAGUGAAGGGCCUCACCACCACCCAGCCCCCCGCCACCUGGCCCCUGCCCACCGCCCCCACUCCAUGUACACCCGGGGCAUAUCGUACAGUCCUCCAGUUGGUUCCAGCCCUGUUAGUCCUGCGUCCGGGGCAUGUUCAAUGACAGACUCUGCCGGCUCCUCACUGUCCAUGGAUGGAGAUGGGGACCACUGGGCAGUGGAGGGAGAGCUACGCUACGGACACUCUCUCACACCUGAGGAACCUGUCAUCAUGGAGGAGAACUUGGACGACUAUGCGGCCUGGCCUGCCGGAACCGGCGAGGAUGAGAAGUUGAACAACUACAUGUCGAUGGAGCGCUCUCUGUGCCUGCCGAUACACAACAACAGCAGUCUUACCAACCUGCGCAAGUAUUCCCACAGUCUCACUGGCGUGAAGCAGAGCUCUCCGUCACAGGGCUCGUUCAUGGACGUGUACAGUCCGUGUGGUUCAUCCCCUCUCGAGGCUUCUGGCGCCUAUAUGCCUAUGAGCCCAGGAGAUACAAGAGUGCUGUAUAACCGCCAGCCCCAGUCCGCCAACCACUCCCGAGGUAGCAGUCUGGCAGAGGAAGGCUACGUACCCAUGGCUCCUGGGUCCCAGGACGCCUACGUGGACAUGGACCAUGGCUCACAGUCUGCUCGCAAAAUAGGAGACGUGUCGUCAGGUAGCAGCUGCUCUCUAACGUCUGGCACUCCCUCAAAUGACCUGCGGUUCUCGGAGUACAACCUGGAGCGAGUAUCAUCACUUAUCAGCCAGGACGAUGGGCCGAGUGAGCGACCGGCCCGAGCGUACAGUGUGGGCUCUAGACCUGUCAACAUCAACAACACCACGGCUAACAGAAAUGAGGCUGUGGCGCAGAGUGAACCUCAGCGAGUGCGGGCAUUCUCUGUGGGUUCGACGGUCCCCAGGGCUCGUGGUGUGCACCCUCAUCUCACAACCCCGACUCGCCAGUCGUCCCAUUCCUCCGUGGAGCCCUCUGAGGACCUCAUGGAGCUGGACUUCAGCAAGAACAAGUCUCGUACCCGCAACAAAAACAUCUUCAAAAAACCGACAACAUCAGUGAGUUCGGAGAGAUUGACUCUACCGUCCUCUGCAGUGUCAUCUGCCGCUUCAUCUUACUCUACUGCUGAAGGAAGUUAUAUGGAGAUGUCUCCAAGAUCAUCUCCGAAACCUUCCGACCUGGAUGUGGACGUGACACACCUGGCUCCUUCACCGCCUAAGAAUAGCAGAUUUUCAAGCAUCAUUGGACGUUCUCCUCCUAAGACUAGUUAUCCGUUUGAAAGAAAAAUAGGAUUCUUGUCAUCUUCCCCUCCGAUUAAUCCCACUUCCUCUCCACUCUACAGAGUACCUGAGGCAGAUUCUGGGUACGUCGAUAUGACAACAGGAUCCAGAGAUGAUUUGAACAUAGAAGAGCCGACCUUCAACAACCUCAGUAGUUCCCCCUGUGCUUCUUCCCUAUCAACAGCAUCAUCUGCAGCAACUGUCACGUACAACCCUAUCAGUUGCGCUAGACAGAACUCCCCCCUCAGAAAUGAUGAGUACCUCGAGAUGAGACCCGGAGGCGAGGCUAAGCCGGUGUUACCAAAGUCGUCUCAGCCAAGGGUAGAAACAUUCCCAAUCAACGAGACUCGUCCUCAUCAGUUCAUCAAAAUCAAUCCAACACCUGCAAUCAAACAACCGCUACUCACCUCUCAGAAUCUCAUACGAGCGAGAGGUUCCUUGCAGGAAGAUUAUCUGGACAUGAGCCUCAAGAGGAAGAAGUCUCUGAUCGAAGAUAACAACAAUACUAAGAUCGUUGCCGGGCGAACCGAACCGGUCGACACACCCAAGAAAGCCCCUGAAGGAUACGUAGAAAUGUCCUGGUCGGGAAAUAAGUCUCAGAGAAAACCAUCUUUAGAAGGAGGAAAAGGAGAGGCUGAAAAUUACAUGAACAUGAGCGGCGCAAAUUGUAACAAACGGGACAGAAGAGGAAGUCGGAAAGACCGUAACCGAUACAGUUCUCAACCUAUUGCAAUUCAAACUUCGAACAAGGAGGGGCAAACGAGUAGUCCGUUCAGUGGACGAAAACAUUCAACCGGAACACCUCCUAAGAUACCUUGCUACCUCCCACUGAACAGUUUCGGCAGCUCCUCUCCUUCCUCUAGUCCGUACUCGUCCCUGGGUAGGACUAGGGGCCGGAAGACAGCUAGGAGAGACAGCAAGGAGUCGAUGACCGGCAGCGGCGUGACAACUCCCUCAGGGUCCACCACAACGAUAUUCCCGCUCAACUUGAACAGCCCGGGCUCGCCCAUGAAACCCUUCACAGCCAAACAAGAAUACGAACUUUCUAUGUGUCCUGUGGACGCCUCUAGUGGCACAGUGAAGUUAGCCCAGCCCCAGGACACACAGACCAGUGCGAAACCCGUGAUCGUCGACCAAAGUGAAAAUGAGUACGUCAACUUCGCACCGGGUAGCACCAGUGAAGUGCCUCCUGCCACUGUGGAGACCGCCCAGGUGGACGCAAGGAAGCCGUCUGUAGAGAGACUGGUGACUGACUUGUCCAACCUGUCGUUGGCCGGUGUGGAAGACACAGUGAAUACAAGACUGAGUGAACCGACUGCCAGUGAGGUGUCGAGCGAGAGUGUGGCUACAACAUCGAAUGCGGGGAAGAGCAGUGAGCCGGUCGUCGUGUCUCGAACCUCCUCAGUUAGCAGUGUCGGGGAGAAGGAGAUUCAAUACGCUUCACUGGACUUGGUGAGAUCGAGUUCGGAGGACGACAGCGGUCAGGCCAGGAGUCUUAAGUCACAGACAUCGCUGACCGAAUCUUCGUCGACCUCCACGCCGAGCCCUAACGUAGCGGCCGACAAGACCUUCACCUACGCGGAGAUCGACUUUGCGGCCAGUCAAAAACUGCUACGCCACUAAACCGCGUAAACACGUAGCUCUACUGAACGUUUGGUGCCAUUUUGUUGUUCCUCAGUUUGACGAGUCACUGCUCACUUUUAUACACGUAUCGUCUACAUUUAUUACGUUUUGGAGUAACUUCUUUUUUUAGCAGUAUAUGAACCAUCACGAGUGAAUUUUACACUUAUUUAUAUGAUAUAGUUGUUAAUUUGACUGUAUAUUGGUAUUGUAGGUUAUUUAGUGUCAUAAAACACUCAUUAAUGCCUUUACAACUGGUAACAAACCUUGUCCAUUUGUACUUUUAUAUGAGUUUUAUGAUGAAAGUAUUUUUAAAAGAACAUUUUAUAUAAAAUUGUCAACUCUUUCAAGGAUUUUACAACACUUUUACCUGAUUCUUAUGAAUAUUUUAUUUACAUUUUUAAUUGCUUUUAUCGCUUGAUUAUACGUGUCAAAGUAAUUUUGUAACACCAGAAACAGUAUUUUAAUUUAUACACUUAUUUUAAUUGUUUUUAUUUUAUACUAUGUACAGACUUGGAAUUUGAAAGAGUUGAAAAGUAAAAUUUUGAAAUAUUGAAUUGAAUUUUGUACAGUGGACUUAUAUGCAAUUCAAAGUUGUUUUACCAAAGUUCCAAAAUAAUUGUUAUUGUUAAAUGGAAUCAGCUGUUAAGAUUUUUUGUUAUGUUGGUCUGUCCUAAAAUAAAUGUUAUUUUUUUAAUUAACUAAGCCAAAUUCUUAUCCCUGCAAUUAGGUGUACAUUCAUCUUAACAUGAUUUUUAAUUGCAGAGUCUAAAAUCAUUUAAAUACUUGUGAACAUCGCUUACGUCAAAUGCCUGUGACGGUGAUAUGCAUUUCUUUUAUUUAAACAACUAUUUAUUAUUAUCAAAACUCCUACAUUACUAUUGCGUAUCCAACUCGAUAUUUCCUCUUCUAUUGUAAUGUUUGGAAUUAAUAUAGUUUUUUAUGUGAUUUGACAGAAUUUGUUUCAUACUUUCCGGAAUCAGACUUUAUACACUCAGGUAUGCAUAAAGGACAAUUAUGCAUGACAAUAAUUGCAACUUGAACACUUUGAGUGCUGGCCCCAGAUUUCAUGCUUUAAAAACUUCAUAGUUUUAGUGAUUUUCAAACAAUCCUUUCAAAAACUAUUAAAUGUAAAUACAAAAUAAUUACAUACGUGUAUUAGUCUUGUUUUCUUUUUUCUCUUGAUCUAUAAAAUUCUGUUGUAAAUUAAAUUAUAUUAAAAAAAUGUUAACAGUUCUUUUACUACAAACAGUCUAAACCAAACAUAUUAGAUUUAUUUUACAAUGUCUUAUUUGAACAAAGCAACUGUCCAUUGAUUUAGUACAAAUGUGUUACACUUUUUUUAGUUUUAUUUAACGUAGUAGACUUAAAAUUUUUUUUUGCAAAGUGGGAUUUUUCACGAAAAUGGUACGAAUGUGUAGGAAUGCGUAAAUGUAUUGAUUUACGAUCAUCAGUAGUGAUGUAAAAUACCCAGGUAUAAGUAAGGGUGAAAACCAAAUUUCCAUAAAUACCCGGGUAUGUUUAAUUCAAAUUAUAGCCUCGGAGUAAGUAGAACAUUGGGAAAUGUAUGGAAACCCAUUUUGUUAGAGUUGUUACAACACUAGAAAUGUAUUUAAAUUAACAUUUGGGACUUAGCACUUAAGUUAAACAACUAUGAAAUAGAAUUAAAUAGGUUUAUAACCCCCUGUAACCUGAAAGAGUUCCAAAAAAUGCUUUAGAAAUGAAAAGUGCAUUUUGAUUCGUCUACUGUCUUAUUAGCAAGCUGUUUUCAAAUAUUAAAACUGAAGCUUUGUUUAAAGUAUUUGAAAAUUUUUAUUAUAAAUAAAAGCUAACUGUCGUUACCUAGUUGAUUGAACAUUAGCAAAUCCUAUCACUCUAGGAGUUAGAAAGAUUUCAUUUCUUUCUCUCUGUAGACACUGUAUCUUGAGAACGAAUUUACCCAUAGACUUACUGAACAUAAAUCUUCAUCUCUGUAUAUGCAACAUCGAAUUCAGUGAUAGUGCAUGUCACUCCAAAGGAUUUUACUGAGCGCAAAAGCGAACAUUUUUACAUUUGUUUAAUUGGUAACCAUGAUAGCGAGGAUAAACAAACUGAGUACAGUUAUUUUAAACUUUAAAAUUUAAUAUAGUAACAGAUGUAAUGAGGUCGUUUUUUUUUUGUAAGACAUUCAUUACAUUCCGUUGGGUACUCAGAUGUAUCGGUUUGUUUGUUAUUAUUUCAUUUACAUCAUUGUAGUACACAUACAAUUAAAAGACAAACAUUUCUAUAAAAAAUGUGGGAAAACAACAUAUAGAAUAACAGGGAUGCUACAGGUCAGGGAAAUCAGGGAA